AUGACUUCUUGUGGAUUCAAAUCUUUAGUUGGUAGUCCUUGCGGCUCUAGCAAGUAUCAAAAACAAGCCAGUGAGAGUAUAAUUCUGUUGAAGUGUGCCAAGGAUAUCAAAGGUCAUCUAAAAAGAUUGAAUACUUACGACUCGAGCUUGAAAAAGGAAGCAACAUCAACAUUAAUCCUUGCUCGCGCAGGUAAGUGCAAUAAUAUGUAUGCUACAUGUUAGCAUUUGCAAGCUUUGUGGUGAACUGUUCAGUUUCACGCUUUCAGACUUGCAAUAGCUAUUAGACAUUGCUUUUUGCUGUUGUUUUCUCAUUCAUGUAUCAGAAUCAUUACUUUCCUCAUAAUAGUCAUAAUCAAUACUGAUCUUUAUCCUCAUCAUCAACAACUGUAUUUGUCUUCUUAGGUGUGUUCGAUGUAGAUGAAUCUGACCUUCAUUUAACGAUCUGUCCACCCCACAGAGAUGAGUAUGGUAUCAGGUGGCUCACAAGCAAGAAAAAUUGUGCUUGUCCUACUAAUUGGGCUCCCCAUAAAAUAAUGCAACGAAGAGGUGAUCGUGGGAUAACACUUCAACAAUCUCGUCUGUUAUACGUUUAUACCUCAACAGUUGUACCAGUUGCUUCGCGUAAGUAUAACAUGUUGACCACACAUUGUCGUUCACUGGCUUAA